AUGGAGCAAGAAGAGGCCCAAAAGCCUUGCUACGCCUCCUAUUGCCUGCUGGCUGACCGUCCGGACUUCGUGCCGACCCUUGCCCGCUGGUUCUGGCAAGAAUGGGCCGUGGUCUACCGGGACUUGGGCCUGCACAGCGAGCAGGAGGUGGGGGCCGACAUGCACGCCCGCUGCAUGAACCGCGACAAGAUACCCCUCACCCUCGUCGCCUUUGUGCCCGGACCGGAUGGGGCCGACAUCCCGUGCGCCACCGUGACCCUGGACACGGAGGACCUGCCCACGCACAAGCACAUCAACUCGUGGCUCGUGUGCGUCUUCGUCGAGGAGCACCACCGAGGCCGAGGAUUGGCGGGCGCGCUGCUGACGCAGAUUCUGGCCAAGGCGCGCGAGGUGGGCCUGCCCGAGGUGUGGCUGUGGACCAAGGACCAGACGGCCGCCAUGUACGAAAAGUACGGCUGGGUGCGCAAGGAGAGCGCAGUCUACCACGGCGACCAGAUCAGCAUCAUGCAGGCGCUCCUCCCGCGGUCCGAUGCAUGA